AUGUCUGCUACAAACUCUACUCUCUUAACUCAGCUCCUCGGACAACUUUUGUCUGAAAGCCGCCUCACCAACUCUGUGAUUUCUCCCGUCUACGAUCCUCAGGAGAACAUCAACAACUGGCUCAAUCAAUAUGAUCUCAAUUGCAAGCGUCUGGCACUUACUGAUGACCAAAAACUAACACAAAUCGGUAAGUACUUGCCUGCGGAAAUUUCCAAUUGGGUAUCUCGUACUCCAUCUGCUGCCACUUGGGGUUCUCUCAAAGUUGCCCUCAUCAACACCUACGGUAUUCCACUCGAAAAGUACAAACUCUUACUUCGUCGUCCUUUGGAAUCUCUUCGCCAAGGUAACUUACCCUCUCGCCGCUUCUCGGUUAUGUUCGAAUCCAUUGUGUUGGAAUUUGAUUCUACACAUGCUCUCGAUGCUCCUACAUUGCGUAUCAUCUACCUUCGAGUCAUGUCGUCUGUGGAAAAACGGUUUGUUUGA